AUGAUAAGGCAAGAAAGAACAAGAAAUGAGCAUCAGAGUGCAAUCAGUCAGUCAUCCACCGUGGGAAACAAAACAUGUGAAAGUUGUAAAAAGAAAAAAACGCUUGAGUUUAAUUUGCGCUUUCCUCCAUAUCUGUUCAGUGUGCAGCAAAUACGAGCUCGCAGACAGUCGGUUCAACUCUACGCUCUCUCUGCUUGUAUCCGGCAAAUUCCUGUUGCAAAUCGGCACGUUUACGGUUCCUAA